GUGGACCCCACUGCCUGGCGGAAGCUUUCCAGGCGGAAAGCUUCUCCAGGCGGAAAGCUUCCGCCAAACCCAAAUCGUAGGCCCUGGCGAUGGGAAAGAGAAAAGCGGACCCCACUGCCGCACAAAUUGUCACCAGUUCCGUUGGUGCCGGUUACCCGAUAGGGAAAACUUUCCCUGUAUGGAAACUUCACAUCCGCUUGUCUCUGCUCUCACCCAAUCCCUGGCUCUCCUUUCCACAUGGGAUGGCCAAACCGAGGGAGGUGCACCCCCCUACCUCCUCAGAAUGGCCGAACCGCAAGGAACGGCCAAAACAAAACUGAGUGAAAACGUCUGCCACGUCAUAUCUGAGCGUUUUCCAAAGCUUUGCCACAAAUCAGCGGGGUUUCCACAUAUCCUCUUCCAAAGCUUUGCGGCAAAGCAGUGGGGUCCACCUCGUACCCGGGGCCCGCUAUUGGCGCCGGCCACUAGAGAUAGAGCACUGGAUCCGCCGACCGGCACAGAGCAGUCUGCUGAUGUUCGUAGGGGAGGGGACCACCGCUUGAGGGGAGGCUCAGGGAUCAUUGGUCCUGUUGGCAGGGUCCCUAAUGCUACCGGCUGUCCCCUACCCCUACAUCCGGUAUCGCCCACCUGCAGGUCGGGAGCAGCCUCCGCAUAUUCUCUCCUGAACACGGUUCUGGCUGCUGUUACGGGGCUCCCCGUAUGCCUACAAUUAGGAGUAGCCCCGCAGGCCGCUGACAGAAGGGUCACCAUUUGAGGCAUUUGGGUAGCGGACCUCUCCAAUGUGACCCCAAAAAUGCCUCAAAUUUUGAAUAUGCCCUCACACACACGCACACGCACAUGCACACACACACACACACACGCACCAACGCACACACACACACCCACCCACACACACCCACCCACCCACACACACACAUACACAGCAGUGUUGUACGUUUGAGAGGCGCGUGGAGGAUCCGGAAGAAGAGUGUCCGUACACAAUCUGACUAAGAAAAACAAAAAGUUGUUUGGUUGUCAUUGGAAAAGAGGAUAGAGCAAGAGAGAAGCCUUGUGUCCGGUUCGACAAUGGAGGUGAUGAUUGGUCGGGAAAGAGAAAAUCACUACAUGACGGGCAAUUGGUGCAAGGUGGGUUAUUGUUUGUGAGGAUUCUUAUCAGGCU